AUGGCUGUAGGCUCCUCCAUCAUUGAAAGUGCAACACCGCUUGCACUUUUUCCAAUGAAAGAUGGUAUCCCCAAUUGGGAUGAAUUGCUUAAGAUCAUCAAACAGCAUCAACCGAAUUUAUUUCUGGUCGGCUUACCCUUAAAUAUGGAUGAUUCCGAGUCAGAAUUAUCCACACGCGCACGCAAAUUUGCACGACGUUUACGUCAUCAAACCAAUAUUGAAACCCUAAUGGUCGAUGAGCGCUUAACCACACGUGAAGCACGAGAUGAACUCGAUCAUUAUCACGCGCAAGGGCGAGCAAAGAAAUUAGCAGCGGAUAUUGGUAUCGAAACCCAGAAGGAAUUAACCCUUAAACUGAGCAUUAAAAAUGCUUGGGGCAAGCUAUUUUACACGCAGUACCUCAAACACAAGAUCUGGUUUUUGUCCUGUAUUUUGGCAAUUCAAUCCUUGAUUGAGAAUCUUAGACUGUCUCCAAAUGCAAAAAUUAUCUUGAUUGGUUCAACCUGGGGACUAGAUAAUCAUAACGGCAAAGAAGUGGUGUUUUCAGCCAGCAAAUUCGCCCUCAGAGGCAUUGUCCAUUCGCUCCGAGAAAGUUUACGCAAAGACCAGAUUGGGGUGAGUAUAUUAAAUUUAGGCUACUUGGCCACUGAGUUUGAUCUAAAUACAUCUAUAGAAGAUGUUUUACAACAGAGUGGCCAUGAGUUAAUUCCCUUACAGGAUGUUAUUCUUGCCAUCAAGUUUAUCUUAUCCACCAGUCAAGCCAGCUGUGUUAAAGAAAUUAAUAUGCCCGCUAUGGCAGACUUAAAUCUAUAA